GGUGCAUUUGACAGCUGUGGCUCCUGCCACUAAAUCCCGCAUCGAGCUCCCCAAACCGGUCCGGGUAGCCCUGGGUUUCCCAGGCCCGAGCCGACCAGUACGGGAAACCUGGGCUUGUUCUUGCUCGUCGCUCAAGAUCGCUUAGGGGAACUGAGCGCUGGGAACAUCCCACAGUCAAGCUCCGUGCCAGCUGCAGCUUCGAAGAGGGAACAUGGUGAUGGAGGGCUUGGUCCUCCCCAGUCCAGCGGGUUUCUGUUUCGCCAGCGGGACUGUAGACCAGGAUCUCCAGCCGAGAUGAUGAAAAUGUCCCUUAAUGUGCGUGCUGGACGCUGGAGGUGUUAAUAGCGCCACCCACUCACUUAAUUCGUAGUGACAGCAAGAGACGGGAUGACAUGAGAGAUUCGACUGCUCCCUGCACUGGAGAGCUUAGUGGUAGAAGAAUUAAGCCCUAAGAGAUUGAAGUGGAUUGCAGGAUGGCCAAAGAGGAAACCCCGAGUACCUCAAAGGACUUCGAGGAAUUGCAGAGAAAGCUGUCUUUGCUGAUAGAAUCCAUCCAGAAUAACUCGAAGCUCAGGCGGAUCUGUCAACGUGGCAUGCAGACGUGGCAUUCAACCCUGGCCCUUUCUUCUCUGCUUGCAGAUGGUUGCCUUUCUGAAGUCUCCAAUGGGUCAGUACCUGGACAGGCAUCCUUUCGUGGCCCUCACCUUGCUGGUGUUUAUUGCAGUGUCGGCUGUUCCUGUUGGGUUCUUCCUGCUCCUCGUGGUGCUUACCUCCCUGGCUGCUUUUGUGGGAGUCAUUUUACUAGAAGGACUGGUCAUCUUCGUGGGCGGCCUCUCACUGCUUUGUGUCCUCUGUGGUUUGGGCUUCGUGUCGCUCGCCAUAUCAGGGACAAUCAUAGUGUCCUACGUGGUGGUCUCCAGCCUUGUCAACUACUGGUUUUCUCCCAGACCACUGACGCCAAACCCCAGUGGCGACUGCCAGCUGGCUACGAAGCCCACAGCCUCAGUGGGGCGCUGCCAGGAAUGACCGACCCAACGGAACCAGAGCUUUUUCCCAGCCACCUCUGGAAGGCUGUUGGAUCGUACACACCCCUUGGGAUUCUGGGAGGCUGGGUGGUCCAGCACUCCCUGGACGUGCCCCCUGGCUUUCUCACUCGUCAUGGGAUCCUGCGGCAGCCGCGCUGGACAUCUCGUUGCUCCCGUGUCGGUUCUGUCGGCUGGCCUGCCCUCACGUGGACAAUCAGCAGAGAACCGUGAUGGCUCAGUGGCUCCUCCCACCUCUCACCUGCUUCUCCCCAGUGAUGCAGACUUGACCUUGGCAGGAUCCUGAGCCCUGCAGCCUACCCACUUGACCCUAAAGGCUCAGAUCUUGUGCCCGAGGGCAUAGUUUGGGACAAUUGUAGAUUUUUUUUUUCUUUUUUCUUUUCUUUUUUCUUUUUUUUAAGACAUGAGAGGAACUGUUUAUUCACUCAUUUGAAACAAGAGGUAGGAGUGAGGUGGGGGGAGGAGGCAGGAACCCAAAACAGAACACGUUCUUCUGCCUUACUAGCUGUUUAUCAGGACAGCAACAUUUUGUAAUAAUGGCCUCUUAGACAAAGUUGGAAAAUAGAGUCCAAACUUAAUUUAAUGGCCAAAAGCAUUUUGAAAAAGUGGGGAAGGUAUAGCUUCCACCCUUGAGUACUGUUAAGUGCUGUUACUUUUCUAAAUAUUUGCACUCGAUACUUUUGUAUUAUUUUAUAGAACUUCCCACGUUAAGCCUUUAAACAGUCCUAUGAAAACGCUAAAGGACUACAGAAAAAUUUAAAAUCCUAUGGGAUUUCUGCUUUAGUGGUUUAUUUGCUGUGGCAUCUUAUUCAAUAAAUAUUUAUUCAGAUGA